AUGACAGGCACACUAGGCCUUUUGGCCCUCCUCUCCGCCAUCGCGCAGACGGUCUACGCUGCCACGGUUUCGUAUGACUUCAACGUCGGCUGGGUGACGGCAAACCCAGAUGGCGCCUUCAACCGCUCGACAAUCGGUAUCAACGGCCAAUGGCCGAUUCCUCGCAUCGAUGCCAACGUCGGGGAUAAUGUCCUCAUCAACGUCCAUAACCAGUUGGGGAACCAGUCGACGUCCCUCCACUUCCACGGCCUCUACAUGAACGGCACAACUCACAUGGACGGACCGGCGCAGGUCAGCCAGUGUGCCAUUCCGCCGGGGUCGUCUUUCACGUACAACUUCACUAUCAACCAGCCGGGAACGUAUUGGUACCACUCCCAUACCCAGUCUCAAUACCCCGACGGCUUGCGGCAAGUAUUCGUAAUUCACGACCCGAGCUCGCCGUUCAAAGACAAGUACGAUGAAGAAAUCGUCGUAUCUCUGUCCGACUGGUACCACGACCAGAUGGCCGAUCUUAUCCCUCCCUUCCUUAGCAAGGGCAACCCAACGGGCGCGGAACCCGUUCCCCAGGCCGCGCUCAUGAACGACACACAGAACCUCACAGUCCCGGUUCAACCCGGCAAGACGUAUCUCUUCCGGCUGGUCAACGUGGCCGCCUUCGCCGGCCAGUAUGUCUGGAUUGAGGGCCACAACAUCUCCAUUGUCGAGGUUGACGGCAUCUACACGGAGCCCGCGGAAGCGAGCAUGAUUUACAUCUCUGCGGCUCAGAGAUACAGCUUCCUCCUAACGACUCGGAAUGACACCUCGUCCAACUUUGCCAUCGUGGGUAGCAUGGACACUACCCUGUUCGACACCGUCCCGGAUGAUCUCAACUACAACGUCACGGGCUGGCUCGUCUACGACGGCUCGAAACCCACUGACCCGCCAGCGAUCCUCGACACCUUCAACCCCUUCGACGACAUGACCCUGGUCCCCUACGACAAGCAACCCAUCCUUCCACCCCCCUCCCAGACCGUCGAGCUCGACGUCAUUAUGGAUAACCUGGGCGACGGCGCAAACUACGCCUUCUUUAACAACAUCACCUACAAGUCCCCGAAAGUACCCACCCUCUACACCGUCCUUUCCGCCGGGAACGCAGCGACCAACGCCGAGGUGUACGGCACCUACACGCACAGCUUCGUCCUCGAGCGCGACGAGGUCGUCCAGAUCGUCGUCAACAACCUUGACACGGGCCGUCACCCCUUCCAUCUGCACGGUCACGACUUCCAGGCGCUAUACCGCGCCGCCGAAGACGGUGGCACGUUCGCCGAUGCCAAUGUUACGGAGGCGGAUUUCCCUGCUACGCCGAUGCGUCGUGAUACUCUGGUCGUCUGGCCCAACGGCAACAUCGUUUUGCGUUUCAGAGCGAAUAACCCUGGCGUCUGGCUGUUCCACUGCCACAUUGAGUGGCACGUCUCGUCCGGUCUGCUGGCAACCUUUGUCGAGGCGCCGUUGGAUCUCCAAAAGGAUCUCAAAAUCCCUCAGAGUCACCUGGAUGUCUGUGCAGCAGGCAAUGUUCCCACAGUCGGCAACGCCGCGGCGAAUACCAAGGACUUCCUGGACCUGAGCGGACAGAACACCCCACCAUCGCGUCUUCCGGAUGGCUUCACCUCGAGAGGAAUCGUCGCUCUCGUCUUCAGCUGUGUCACCGGCAUUCUCGGCAUAUUGACGGUUGCAUGGUAUGGCUUGGCAAAGACGCCAGACGGUCCCUCCGAGUCCGGGUACACGGCUCCGGCGCCGGGCGUGGCGGUCGGAGUGGAGCACGCUGCCGGAAAUUAUCAAAAUGAGCCAAUCAUGGUCGGAGCCGGACCCGGCGGGUCGGGUAUAAGUCACGCUUGA